CUCCCUCCCCACCUGCUUCGGACAUUCGACGGAGCUUUGAUUUCUUGUCCCUCUCAUUCACCGCUCGUGCGUUCUCUCUCUCUCUCAUUCUCAAGCGUCGCCUGCAACGAAAAGUUUCGAGCUUCUUCGCAGUUGCUCCCAUGGGAACCGAAGAAGUCAGGCGAUGCGUUUUGUCUUCUGCUUCGACCCACGAAUGGAAGUACGACGUGUUCGUGAGCUUCAGGGGCGAGGACAUAAGGAAGACCUUCGCGGCCCACCUCUUCCGCGCGCUGAGGCAGGCGGGGAUCUUCUACUUCAGGGACAAUGACAAAGUGGAGACUGGGGUUUUCAUCGAGCCCAAGCUGCUCGACGCGAUUCGCCGCUCCAGGGUUGCCCUCGUUGUGUUCACCGCCAACUACGCCGACUCGUGGUGGUGCUUGAACGAGCUGGUGGAGAUCCUGGCGUGCCACAGGAGGCUCGGAGAUCAUCAGGGUCACGUGGUUCUGCCCAUUUUCUAUGAUGUUGAGCCAAGGGACGUCCGGAAACAGAGCGGGCGAUUCAGGGAUGGUUUCGGAAGGUGUUUGGCAGCCCACACGGACGAUUUGCUGGUGCUGAAGUGGAGGGAUGCGCUUGAAGAAGCUGGGAAUUUGUCAGGAUGGCACUUGAAUAAUGAUGCUAAUGGGGAUCAAUCAAACUUCAUUGAGCAAAUCGUAGGACAUCUCGUCAGCAUCAGUCCUAGAUCAAUCUGCCCCUAUUUGGUCAAAAAUGCUAUUGGGGUAGAUUCCUUUGUAGAGGAUGUGAUAUCGUUGCUCGAAAUUGGAUCGGAGGCUGAUGUCCGUGUGGCUGGAUUAUGGGGAAUGAAAGGAAUAGGUAAGACAACGGUCGCCAAAGUUGUCUGCAAUCAUGUUUUUAGGAAAUUUGAAGGUGUUAGCUUACUCGAAAAUGUCGGAGAAGCAAACCUAGAUACUCUUUUACUUCUUCAGAGGAGACUUCUCCAUGAUGUUCUGAAGAUACAAGGUCUAGAAACGUUUGAUCUCAACAGCAACAUCAAUGAGAUAAAAACUAAGCUCUGUCGGAAAAGGAUCCUUCUGGUUCUCGAUAACAUCACUAACACAGAUCAAAUUGAGUAUUUUGGAGCUGGAGAUCGAGAAUGGUUCCAAUAUGGGAGUAGAAUUUUGAUAACUACAAGAGAUGAGCAGUUGCUGGAAGAUCUCAAAGUAGAUAACAAGUACAUGCUCCCAGGAUUGACUCAUAAAGAAUCGCUCCAACUUCUGAGUCACCAUGCCUUCCGCAAAGACCAUCCUGAAGACGGCUUUAAAGAGUUGUCAGAGAGCCUUGUCCACUAUACCGUGGACUUCCAAUAGCUCUUAAAAGAUUUGGCUGCUUCCUUUCUAACAAGAGAAAAUAUCAGUGGCAUGAGAUAUUGGAGAAGUUGGUGAGAGAACCUCAUCUUGACUCAGUUGGAUUACCUUUAGAACCAUUCUCCUCUGUCCUUCCAUUUCAAUCCGUAGGGCCAUAUGGAGGUUGUGGUGGGUGUUGUUAUGAUGAUAAAACAUACACCGAUGUUAGAAAAAUAACUGUAGUUGUAACAUCAGUGAUUGAGUCCUUUUAUAUUGAGUAUGAUCAGAAUGGGUGUUUGGUCCGCUCGCCAAGACACGGUGGACCUGCAGAAGGCAAAAUAUGCACGGUAAAAUUAGAUUAUCCAAAUGAGUUCUUGACUUCAGUGUCAGGCUACAUUAAAGACGAUUCUGGAUGUGUUGCCAUU